GGCGUCGGUUUCUUUUUUGCGGGCCUCAUGCUCGUCCUCACAUACCUCCAGGCUAAGUUCUCCGAUAUAUCACCCAAAUCGUCUGAAGAGUUCACAAGUGCAUCUCGUAGUGUCAAGCCAGGUUUAGUCUGUUGUGGAAUCGUCAGCGCAUGGACGUGGAGUGCUACACUGCUACAGUCGAGUACUGCUGCAUAUACCUUUGGCAAGCCUUUCUCCGACUCAUUCUUCACGACGCAUAUAUUGACUAUUUGGCAGGUAUCAGUGGCCCUUGGUACGUGGUACGGCGUUGGCGGAACGAUACAGUUAGCUAUCUUCGGAAUGAUUGCCGCAAAGGUGAAGAUGAAUGCUAAUGGCGCGCACACAUUUCUUGAGAUUGUGAAAGUCCGCUUCGGGACCGGUCCCCACAUCUUGUUCACGUUCUAUGCAUUCAUCUGUCAGCUCGUCGUCUGCGGGUCUUUACUAUUGGGUGGUGCAGCAACCGUGACUGCUCUCACCGGCAUGAACACCAUCGCAGCAUGCAUGCUCCUUCCCAUCGGCAUCGCCAUCUAUGUUAUCUUCGGCGGUCUUCGUGCGACCUUUGUCUGUGACUGGAGCCACACCAUCAUCUUGUUCAUCAUCAUCUACAUCUUCGUUUUCCGUGCCUAUGCGACAUCUCCUGAGUUGGGAAGCAUCAGCAGUCUUUACCAUCUUCUUCAGCAAGCCGCGAUUGAUACGCCGGUAGAGGGUAACCAGGAUGGGAGCUAUCUCACGAUGAAGUCAAACCAGGGUAUGGUAUUUGGAGCUACGACUAUUUUGUCCGGAUUUGCCGGUGUCUUUUGUGAUCAAGGAUAUUGGCAACGGGCCAUUGCUAGUGCUCCAAGGUCUACGACAAAAGCAUAUAUGCUAGGAGGGCUGUCAUGGUUCGCCGUGCCACUCUGCUUUGCUACCGUAAUGGGUACGUUCGUCAUAUUGACUUUCUGUGGGUUACUACAGCCGAACUACCCGACGUACCCCAACCCACUCUCCGCCUCUCAAAGUAGCUCAGGACUUGCUGCACCUGCAGCGGCGGCUGUGCUUAUGGGAAAAGGGGGUGCGGUAGCGGUACUGCUUGUCGUAUUUAUGGCAGUCACCUCCGCUGCGAGUUCUGAGCUCAUAGCCGUCUCCAGUAUCGUGUACGUCAUAUACCGAACAUACUGGAAGCCUAAGGCUACAGGCGCCGAGAUUGUCCGCAUGUCACACAUUAUAAUCGUUAUCUGGGCUAUCUGGAUGGGAUGCUGGGCCGUCAUCCUCAAUAAGGCUGGCGUAGACCUUGGCUGGCUUUUCUACGUCCAAGGCGUCGUUCUCUCCCCUGCUGUUAUUCCUAUCGGCCUCACCGUGACCUGGCGCAAGCUCACAGCAACUGCUGUCGUUCUCGGCUCGGUCAUCGGUGCCAUUCUGGGCAUGCUCGCUUGGUUCAUUGGCUGUUGGAAGAUCUAUGGCGUUAUCAAUAUCACGAACAUGGCGCUGCCAUACUCGGCCGUUUGCUCAGGACUGACUGGACUGUUAUUCUCUGGAAUCAUCACAGUCGGGGUAUCUUUGGCCAAUCCGGCGGACUACGACUUCCAUGACACCAGAAACAUGGAAAGCCUUGAUGACGAUCUUCACAUUGACCAACACGUUGAGGAAGGUUCUGAUUCGGGGCACGAUAUGGCCAAAGUUGCAGACCGGGAGAAAGACGCAGGCUCGGAUAAGGACGUCAAAGAACCCUUACCACAGGAAGCUGAUGUUCGAGCGGUCGAUGGUAGCAACUUGAAGACCCAUGAUAAGAAUGAGUACGGUGGGGAGGUGACCAGGGCGGAGCUGAAGAGCGCUUUCAAGAGGGCGGCCAUCUAUUCGACGAUCUUGACUGCGAUUGUCACGAUUAUCGUGCCGAUCCCAAUGUUCUUCUCGCACUACGUUUUUAACGAGGCGUUCUACACUUUCUGGGUCGUCAUGACCAUAUUGUGGGCUUUCGCAAGCGGAACGUUCUGCAUCAUCCUUCCGUUAUGGGAGUCGAGGACAGAGAUCGGAAUCAUCCUGAAGGGUGCAUACGUGCAUCUGUUCCGACGCUCACAGCUUCAACAGUGA